AUGUACAAGCGACAUCCCAGUGGAACCGAUCGACUAUGCGUCCAACUGCGUGAACAACAGCAGCGAAGCGAUCAGUAUGCAGCCAAACACUACUUGGAGACAACAUUGGGGAUACAACUCGGCUCGACCAAUCUCCAUAAAGAAUUGCAGGAUGGUGUUUUGCUUUGCAAAUUGGUGAAUGUACUUAAGCCGGGUACGAUCAAGAGCAUAGGACACAAAAACAUUGCAUUUGUCAAGAUGGCCAAUAUCAGUUUGUUCCUUCAAGGGGCAUGCGAGCUCGGCUUGCAGCCAUCUGAACUCUUUCAAACCGUUGAUCUUUACGAAGCCAAAGACAUGGGUGCUGUUAUCAAUACUAUUUUGACUUUGGCAAGACACAGUAACAAGAAACCGAGUCCAUGCCCAUCACCUUUAUCCAUUGCAUCAUUCGAUGAGUAUCGCUAUGAGAAAACAAGUUUGGAUCAGGAAUCAGUCGACCAACGACCACCUACCAUGGAUAGUGGCUACAGCACGUUAGCUCAGCGGCGUCGACAUCAUCACCACCACCAUGAUCAUCAAAAGCGACCCCUCUUUCACAAUCAACAAAGCAGUCAUCAGGGACAUCAGGACACAGACAUUGAACACGUGGAACAUGCCAUGCAGGGUGAUCGCGUAAAGAACAAUGGAUCGAUUUAUCCCCUGCUCACUGUAUCAACCCCACGCCUUGAACGCACACGCACACGAGCUCAUAUCAACAAUCAUCGACAACACAGAAGCCAUGAAGUCCUCAAACAGCGCAUAAGCACCGAAUGCAUUGCUGACGCCGACAAGCACAACAAAGAGCAAGUCAAAAUUACAAUGAAGAAUGAAAGCAGUAACAUGAUAUCAUGCUAUCAACUAGGCAACUGCAUUGGCAAGGGACAGUUUGGAGCUGUGUAUAGGGCUUUGGAUGUGCAAACAGGAGAAGUCGUAGCCAUCAAGCGCAUCAAACUGGAAGAUGUCGGGGUUGACCAUGAAAUUAUGCAAGAGGUCGAUCUAUUGAAAGACAUGGAGAGCCCUAAUAUUGUGCGAUACCUUGGAUCAGUAAGGGAUGAUACCUAUCUCAACAUUUUACUCGAAUACGUUGAGAAUGGAUCGUUGUUAUCUUCGCUCAAAGCCUUUGGGAGUUUACCCGAAAAGUUGGUUGCUUCAUAUACCUACCAAAUCCUUUGUGGCCUUGCAUAUCUGCAUCAGCACGCGGUUGUACAUUGUGAUUUGAAAGCAGCCAAUAUUCUGACCACCAAGACUGGGGAUGUCAAGCUUACCGAUUUUGGUGUUUCCUUGAAUUUGAGAGUGAAACAAGAUGAUAUGGGGGCACCUGCAGGCACACCUAAUUGGAUGGCACCUGAAGUGAUUGAAUUACAAGGGGCAUCAACCAAAUCGGAUAUCUGGUCACUCGGCUGUACUAUCAUUGAGAUGCUUACAGGAAGACCACCUUAUGCCGGCAUGUUUGCCAUGUCAACAUUAUACCAUAUCGUUGAAGACGACCAUCCUCCUAUUCCUGAUGGGAUUUCAGAGCCACUACUUGAUCUAUUACUAGUUUGCUUUCGGAAAGACCCGCUCGAACGACCCACAGCUGAGGAACUCAUGUGUCAUCCAUGGGUAUCAAACACCAUGAUCAGUCGCCCUUCACCAUCACCUACACCAUCGCCAUCACCUUCACCUUCAGCUAUCGCUCGCCCGUCAUCUUGUCCUUCACCAUCAGCUAUCAAAACACCCAAUACCCAUCAUCAGCAGGAUGACGACAUUGACAUCUCUCUGAUCUUUGAGUACAUGCGGACGAAUCCGGCACUGAAUAUGCAGCGAUCACCUUCUCCUUAUGUGAAAAAAGAGACACCAAGGGAUCAUUUGUUUGUAAAGACAUCUUUUGGAAAAGCUGUGACAUGCAAAGUAUGCCUGGAUCACGUUAAGCGCCAUGCAAUCUAUUGUGAAGCAUGUGCCUUGAUUUGCCACGACAAAUGCCGCCAAUCUGCAAGCAGAUGCAUCCCUACCAAUUGUCCGAUUGCAAAGCCAAAACGUGAUUCGUCCCGACCACUUGAACAUCGGAGCAAGCUGCAAAGGAUGCUGGCGUCCUGUAUGAAAAAACCCGCGACACAAAUUCGUACAUGA